UAUAUAUAUAGACAGAUGGCCCAUGUGAGCUUAAGAGGAAAAGUGAAAAACUAAAGUGUGUGAAAAUGGAGAUGAAGGGGUUAUAUUUAUUGAAGGUUGUGGUGGUGAUGUCGAUGGUGGUGGGUGGUUGUAAGGGUGAUGUGAACGCCUUCAGAGACUGCUACGCCAAAUGCUUCAUUUUCUGUAUGAUUGAACCCGACAAAAGCCUCUGCACAUGCACUACACAAUGCCUCAAAGAAUGCAUCUUUCCAUCUCUUCCUCCUAAAACAACCACCAAUUCCAUGUCCACUAUUCAUCAUCCACAUGCACAAAACCUUGCUUACUGCAAGCUCGGCUGUGCUACUUCCCUAUGUUCUAACUUCAGCAAACCAAACAAUCCAGAUGGGAAGAAUGUGGAGAGCUGUGUGGGGUCAUGUUCAGACAAGUGCACUAUGAGUUACUCAUCUUCACCACCUUGAAAAACACUGUUUUGAACUAUAGUUGAUUCUUACUUUUUUUUUUUAAUGUAUUAUUUUGUUUUCAUUCCUUUAAAUGUAUGAAAAAGGAUUACCCGGAUCAUUGUAUAAGUCAUUAUUGUUGUAGUGUUUGUAUUUGAGGAAUCAACCUUGAGAUUUUAUUUGUAAUGAGAUUGAACGUCAAUGUUAGAU